AUGAGUGAGGCGGUCAAACCCUCUCCCGCCGCGCCGCCGGCGGUGGCGGCGGCCGCCCCGGAGGACAAGAAAGGGAAAGAGCCGGAGCGCGAGAAGCUGCCGCCCAUCGUGUCGGCCGGCGCCAGCGCGACCGCGGGUUCAGACAGAGGUGCCAAAGGCCAAACAUCCUCUUUCAGCAGUUUCGUUUCAACUGUUAGCCAAAAGAAAGAAGCCGCUGAAAAUAAAAGUUCACCUACACAUCUUGUUUUCCCUAACAUCAAGAAUGUGAGAGACCUACCACCAAUUUGCCUUGAUGUUAGACAAAAACAGCGUGUCUCCAUAGAUGCAUCAUCAUCUGAAAUGAAGGCCCCAGUCCUUCCAGAACCUAUCCUUCCUUACCAGUCCAAAACUAUGAAAGACUUUCAGGAGGAUGUAGAAAAAGUUAAGUCAUCAGGAGAUUGGAAAACAGUACAUGAUUUUUAUCUUAAAACAUUUGAUUCUUUCCCAGACUUAAAUGCUGCAUUUAAGAAAGAUGCCACUGCUUCAUUUAAUACCAUUGAAGACUCUGGAAUUAAUGCUAAAUUUGUGAAUGCUGUCUAUGAUGCCUUGCUUAAUACUCCUCAAGACAUUCAGAAGACAGUAUUAAAGGGGAUCAUUAACAGCUUGUUACAAGAAUGGAAAGGCCCACGAACAAAAGAUGAUCUUCGAGCAUAUUUUAUACUUUUACAGAAUCCUCAGUUUAAUAAUACAUCUACAUAUGUCAUCUAUGCUCAUUUGCUGCGACAGAUAGCCACCUUAGUGGAAGCUGACCAUCAUUUCCUAGUUCACUGGUGUAAAAAAUUAUCCCAGAAGAGGUUCAAACAAUUGGUAGAGAAAUUACUGCAAUUUAUUUCUUUACGCCUGUUUCCUGCAAAGCCUGAAGAGUUUCCACCUAUAACCAAGUGUUCCUGGUGGAUUCCAUCAGCAUCUAAAGUGUUGGCUUUACUUAAUACUGCAAACAAUUUGGUUCGCCCUCCCCUUAUUCCUUAUACUGAUUUCUAUAAUUCUACAUUGGAUCACAUUGAUCUCAUGGAAGAAUAUCAUACUUGGCAGAGCUUUGGAAACUCUCACAGGUUUUCCUUCUGUCAGUACCCAUUCGUUAUUUCUAUAGCUGCAAAAAAAAUCAUUAUUCAGAGAGACUCAGAACAACAGAUGAUAAGCAUCGCAAGGCAAAGUCUGGUGGAUAAAGUAUCUCGAAGACAGAGACCUGAUAUGAAUAUGUUAUUUCUAAAUAUGAAAGUAAGGCGGACACAUCUGGUUAGCGAUUCACUUGAUGAGUUAACCCGGAAAAGAGCAGACUUGAAAAAGAAGUUGAAAGUUACAUUUGUAGGGGAAGCUGGUUUGGAUAUGGGUGGCUUGACUAAAGAAUGGUUCCUUCUUCUCAUUCGCCAGAUUUUUCAUCCAGAUUAUGGCAUGUUUACAUAUCACAAGGAUUCACACUGCCAUUGGUUUAGCAGCUUUAAAUGUGAUAACUAUUCUGAAUUUCGAUUGGUUGGAAUUCUCAUGGGACUAGCUGUUUAUAACAGUAUCACCUUGGAUAUUCGUUUCCCUCCCUGCUGUUACAAGAAAUUAUUGAGCCCUCCUAUCAUUCCAAGUGAUCAAAAUACACCAGUAGGCAUCUGCAGUGUUACCAUUGAUGACUUAUGUCAAAUUAUGCCUGAAUUAGCUCAUGGAUUAAGUGAACUCUUAUCAUAUGAAGGCAAUGUUGAAGAAGAUUUCUACUCAACAUUCCAGGUUUUUCAAGAAGAAUUUGGAAUAAUAAAGACAUAUAAUUUAAAGCCAGGAGGUGAUAAAAUUCCAGUCACCAAUCAAAAUAGAAAAGAAUAUGUACAGCUUUAUACUGACUUCCUUCUCAACAAAUCCAUCUAUAAGCAGUUUGCUGCAUUUUAUUAUGGAUUUCAUAGUGUAUGUGCUUCAAAUGCCCUAAUGCUGCUUCGUCCAGAAGAGGUUGAAAUUCUGGUCUGUGGAAGUCCUGAACUAGACAUGCAUGCUCUGCAGAGAAGCACUCAUUAUGACGGCUAUGCGAAAACAGACCUAACUAUAAGGUACUUUUGGGAUGUUGUGCUUGGAUUUCCUCUUGAUCUUCAAAAGAAGUUGCUACAUUUUACUACAGGAAGUGACAGAGUACCUGUAGGAGGAAUGGCUGAUUUGAACUUUAAAAUCUCAAAGAAUGAAACUUCUACUAAUUGGUUACCUGUGGCUCACACCUGCUUUAAUCAGCUUUGCCUUCCUCCCUACAAGAGCAAAAAAGACCUGAAGCAGAAGUUGAUCAUUGGAAUCUCCAAUUCAGAAGGCUUUGGACUUGAGUAACCUAGAAGACUUGAAAUAUAUUUUAUAUGUAGCAUUCACUUCCCUCUUAUUGUGCCUUUAACCUUUUCAUGUUUCUGUCUCAAAACAUUUUCACAAAGCUCACCAACUUUAAAAUACUGAGAUUUUUUUUUAAUUGAAUAUGAAGUAUGUUUAGUGAAGGCAUGAUUUUUCUAAAAACCCAAAUUUUUUGAGUGAGGAAAAGACCACAAUGCAGAAACAAAUGUGGGUCCAGUUACUCUUUUUUUAUAGCACUUUAUUAUUUCCAUAAGUAGUGUCACAGGUGUACCACUGGGAAAGCAGAGUAUAGUGAGGAACACAUUUAUGAUACAGUUGAACCCAGUGGCAGAUCAUGUGCUGCCAGCACACUGUAGCAAAGCAAAUAGCUACACUAUCUUUAACAUAGGCAUGUAGCCAUAUUUUCAUAUAGAGGUAACAACAGUAUAAUUGCAAAUGCAGUUUACAGGGUCUUUUGAUAUACUGGUUUUGGGUUCUAUAAGAUUCUUUUCAGCUGUUGCUGAACAGCAUGUAUAUAAGUACAUACUAGCCUAAGAAUAAUGGGAUUUUGAUAGUGCCAUUUAUUGCUAAAGAUUUAUUUUUACAAAGUAAAUUCAGGGUUUUAGAUGUGUAUACAGCUUUUACAAACCAAUAAAGAUGAUUGUGCAAGAGUAUUUUCAGACUAAUUGGAUUCAAGGUUAUAUUCUUUUAAGUAUUGUUAAUCUGCAUGCACAUUGGCAGUAAACCAGUUACUUGAGUACUCUGUAAUAUUUCUAUAAUGAUCAUAUCUUGAAGAUCAAGAUAAUAGAAAAAUCAGAUCUAAGUAAUCAUUGAUGAAUUAAGUCAAUUACAAGCACAAAAGAAAAGAACUACUUUUAUAUAUAUUUUGAUUGAUGUACAAGACAUAUCUACAUGUUUUGAUCACCAAUUGUACUGACACACUAGUUUUUGGAAAAGAUAGGAAAGGUAUUUGACAAAAGUGAAUACAAUAAUAACAUUUAUGUCAAAAUGGUGUGGCUUGGUGUGAAGAUAAAGCUCAGCAUUUUGGCUGAAAUGUUUGUUUCUCACUGGAUUCCAAAGGUAGUAAAUUCAAAGGUACCCUUGUUUUUCAUUUCUAAUACAAUUGCAUGUUAAAAAAAAAACUGCAUUUUAAGUCACAGUAAAUAUUUUUUUUAAUUUAUAGCAAAUGAAGCAGUUUUAUUAGCAUGUCAUAAACAUUUCCAGAUCAACUUCUCUUAUUCUUUGAGUACUUUCAGAGAAAACUCUGAAGUUGUAUUUGCAAUAAUAAUGAAACCAGCAUUUAAUAACCAGCAUAUGAUUCAUAUGCAAAUAAAACUUUCCAGAAAUCUUACCUAGUCAGGCCAUUUCCUUGUUACUAUACUUCCUGCACCCAACCAGCAGAAGUCUUCAAGGGUGAGGAACCAGUCACUUGUUUUCCUACAGUUCUGAAACCAACCCACAAGUCUUCAAGGGAAGAAAGUUAACUUCAUUUACUAUUCACUGAAGUGACUCUCCUUUUCCAUUUGAAUAUACUAUACAGUGUAUUUCUUUUUAAAAGUCUUGGAAAGCCUAAGAGAGUUAAGGGCAUAUUAGUUUAGUUUAGUUUUGUUUAACUCUGCUUUUAAUUCCAUAUGCAAAUAAAACUGCUUCUCUUAACACUGCUUGAAACUAGAAAGUAAGAUGUUUAAUGUAGGUUACUACUAAUUAAUAAGCACAAAAGAAUCAUGUAUAAGAAACCAGAUUUAAGUGUUUUAAGUAAAACAUAAAGUUUUUAUUUGGUAGAGAUGACCCAUGGAAAAAUAGUGUUGGCUUGGUCUGCAUGUUUAAUGAUGUGCUGUAUAUCAAUAGCUAUGUCACUUUUAAGUAAGAAGUACACAAGCAAGCCAAAUUUUAAGUGACAAAAUCCAUAAAAAACUGAAGAAUUUUUGUUGUCUGUUAUUAAGUUGAAAUUUAUAACCAUUUGUCACUAAGUUGCACAUUACCUUUAUUUAUUCUCUUUUUAGUUUACAGUGUAAUAAUACCUCAUUUAAAAAAGUAAAAACCACUACUGUUACAUUUUACUAAUUUAAACAGCUAGAAAAUCCAUGUAGUUCCUUUUUUUAUACACACUCUGUUAAUGAAUUCUUGAUUUUUGUAUCUGCCACAGUAAAUUAAAGCAUUACAUAGUAUUUAUUGAUAUUUAUAAAUUGUCUUGUUCUUCUUCUAAUCUUUAAUAUUUUUAAGGUGUAAUUGGAAGUUGUUAACAUUUCCCCUUUUUUGUACAAAUCUGUAUUGUAUGAAGUUAAUUUCUGGAUAAAAUUUUUCAGAUAUGAUAAUUACACAAUCAGACUUCAAUUCAUUUUUUUCAACACUAGGCAAUUAAUUAAAACCAUAGUUUUAAAAU